GUGCCGGGCAGGUGUCGUCAUUCUUGCUUGGAAACGAGAUCGUCUCUUUCCAUCGUCCAUCGCUAAUUAUCCUCAACAAACUCUUUUCCCGAACCCCUGGCAACUUUUUUCGUAAUCACUAAAAUCCCCACACGAUGCUGCCUAGAAGCAUCACCGCCUCUGCUCUGCAUGUGGGCACGUCUCGGUCCAUGCUUGCUCGGAGUAUAGCUACCGCCGUCCCGCUCUUACGGCAGCAAGAACGGCUACCUCGAGGCCAUGUGAGACCGACACGCAGACCCAUCCGUCAGAUUCCCUUUAGAACCGGAACCGGAACCGAUGAACACUACCAGUCGACUGCAGCUGGCCCCCAGGCGUUCCAUGCGUAUGAACCUUAUGAUCCCCUCUCAACACCCAUCCACGCUUCAGGGCCUGUGGACAUUCCUCCCGAUCCUAGCGGUGUACUUGGGGAUAGCCACGCAGCGAGAGAAAUUCUGGGCCAUGAGAGUCUGGUGAUUGUCAGGCAACUGGAGAUGUUGAAUGUCUUUAUGGGUUUUGAACAAGCGAACAGAUACGCUAUACAUUCACCGGACGGCCAGCUUGUGGGAUUCUUGGCCGAACAGGAGCAAGGUAUCCUCUCGACAAUUAGCAGGCAAGCUCUGCGGACACAUCGCCCGUUUAAGUCUAUUGUCAUGGACAGGCAUGGGAAACCGGUCUUAUGGAUCCAAAGACCUUUUGCGUUCAUCAACUCUCGGAUCUUUGUCCACUCUUCCGAAGAUCGGGAUAGCAGACUCGUAGGCGAAGCUCAACAACAAUGGCACCCUUGGCGACGACGAUAUAAUUUAUUUCAAAGUCGCGAAUCCGAGACAUUCCGCCAAUUUGCAAAAGUCGACAGUGGUUUCCUCGCAUGGGAUUUUUGGCUCAAGGACAAGGAUGACCGUCUGUUAGCUUCCAUCAAUAGAAACUUUCGGGGGAUAGGACGUGAACUGUUUACCGACACUGGCCAGUAUGUUAUUCGAUUUGACGCUGCCGGCACCGAACUCGAUUUAGCACCCGGAUCAAAUAUCAACGUCCAAGGACAAACAUUGGUUCUACCCCGAUCAUCUGACAGCGGGCUGACUUUGGAUCAACGUGCCAUGACACUCGCCACAGCAGUAUCAAUUGAUUUUGAUUACUUUUCAAGACAUUCAGGUAGCGGCGGUCUCGGCUUCCCGUUCUUCUUCUGGGGCGGAGGAGACGGGGGUGCCGACGCUCAGUCUGGCGGCCGUCCUUCCGAUGUGCAGCCUUCUCCAGAUGGAGGCGCGGGUGCGGGUGGUGUUGCAGCCGGAGCGGCCGCUGGGGCUGCCGGCACAGGCGGCAUGACGGAAGACGAACUCAUCUAUGGCCGUCAGCCUGCCCAACCUGGCAGCCCGAACGAUCCUGUCCCACCGCCACCGGGAGAAAGCGCAGGAGGAUGGGAACAGUUCCCACAAGGUUUGGAAGGGUAUGACGAACAGUCUGCUGGGUGGGAGCAAGAGGAUGUUAUGCAAGAUCCAUGGGGCAACCAGGGUGGUGAUGACAGUGGAUGGUUUGGCGGUGGUGGGGGUGGUGGCGGUGGCGAUUGGGGAGAUUGGGGUCAGUAAA